UAUAAAAACUUUUAACUUUAUUAAGUUGAACCUUUUUAUAAACCCUAUAUAUUUAUAACCUAGAUUAAUUUAUAGUUCCAGAGUUUAGUUUUUAUAAUAAAUAUUUGUACAUAAUGGAAGACAUACCACUUGUACUGUGCAGGUCAAUGCAACCUGGCGAUGCGAAUAUAUCGGGCAACGUACACGGAGGCACGAUACUUAAGAUGAUAGAGGAAGCUGGUAUGAUAGUUGGUACCAGACACUGUAAUGUUGGGGGUAGUGACGAGGGUGGAAGCUUGUGUGUUCUUGCAAGAGUUGAACGAACAGACUUUUUACUCCCGAUGUAUGUUGGUGAACUAGCCCACCUAGUGGCCAAAGUAACUUUCUGUUCGAGCCACUCGGUGGAAGUAAAGGUCAAAGUUUAUGCGGAAAAUGUGUUAACAGGUGCUCGUAGGAUGACCAACAGCGCUACCUUGUGGUACGUCCCACUUAAAUCCAAAGGUGUGGUUGCCGACGUGCCUUCUAUGGUGCUUCCUAGUGGUGAGAAUGAUGCUGCGGGUCGUGAAAGAUACGAGAGGCAAAAGAAGGAAAGAAGAGAAAUUAACGAGGUUUCACCUUGUCUACGUGACGACUGGGCCAUGUUACUUGACAUGCCAAGUCAAGGUCAUGAACCACACACAGUAGGAUACGCACAAUCAACGUUAAUACAUUUGGUUGGCGUACAAGAUUGUGGCCUACAAGGUAUCGCAACAGGGGGAUUUACCAUGAAAUUAAUGGAUGAGGUAGCAGGCAUAUGUGCAGUGAGACAUUGCCACACCAAUGUAGUGACCGCUUCAAUGGAUGCAACAAACUUUCAUAGAAGUAUCAACAAAGGAAACAUUCUUCACUUUCGUAGUCGCCCAAUAUUUACAAGCAACAAGUCUCUGAUGAUCCAGGUUGUUGUUCUUGUGGAAGAAAGAAAUAGAUCGAGAGAAGCAGUGAACCCAAGCUCAGUGUUCUGUGCAUGUACAGCAUUCUUUACUUAUGUUUCAUUGGAUAGUCAGAAAAAGACAAUCCCAGUACCAACUCUCAAGCUUACAACCCCAAGUGAUCAUGAGAGAUUUGAAGAAGGCAAACUAAGAUAUGAAAUGCAGAAAAAAAUGAGACUUACAUCGCAAAUGUGAAACUUAAUGAUAACAUGCACAAUAAUAAAAUAUAAGGCGGGAAAUCUAAAACUUCUGUCUUCGGUCUGUCACAAUAACUGUUUGUUUUUAAUUUGCAAAAAGUUUUGGCAUGUGUUGUUUAAAAUUGCAAUUGUAUUUUUCAUAAUUUUAAAAAACCCUGCUAAAAGCAGGUAGAAUUCAUUAUACAACAUGAUUUUCGCUUUUUAAUUUAGAUUGCUUCAGCUUGCUUUUUUUAGUAUUUGGUAUUGCCAUACAGUACUGCUAUUCCAAAAUAAUAUUACAUGUUUCAAACAACACUAGCACAUAUAUUAUAUAUUUCAAAUUUUGUGUUGUUUGAGUGUUACGUGUUUUUAUACAAACUUUUUAAAACUGUCAGAAUAUUGCAAUAUGUUAUGUGCAGUAUAUUGAAAUAUAAAAUAAAUGUUAUAGU